AUGACUGGUCUUUUGGAUGCGGGCUACGAAUCUAGUGAUGAUGAGACUCCUUCUGGGCAACCUACACCCGCACUGGCAAAGCCGCUGAAUGCGGCGCCAGAAGUCUCUACAGAGGUUUGGUCUACACUUUCAAGACGUCUUGCUUGUGAGCCUAACAAUUUCCAGGAACACACUCAGAUGCAAAUAAUGCUGGCAAACCCCUCUAGCACCACACUCACCUACAAUGUCACUUACGACAACCUCGCCCGUCCUUCACAAGGCCCAGCCAAUCCAUUCAGAUCUGCGUCUGGAAAUGCGUUGAAGCGCAAGAAUGUCCUCACGGGAAAUGCAGAGGAAACAGCCAUAUCUGAGGCGACGUUCAAAACUCAACAUAGGACCUUUCAAAGUCUAGGAUAUACCCGGGAUCCGAGUCUGAACGGCGCCUUUGUAGGCGACCAGUCUGCCGUUGCAAAAUACGGAGGGAAAGACGUGGUACAGUUGCGCCCUUCCAAACAAGACAGCGCCGCAAUCCGUGCGAAAAGGCAAAAGAAAGGCGACAGUAGUAUUGUCGAUGGCGAGGGCGCAUACUUGGGUCCUUGGGCAAAAUACCAAAGUGACGAUAUCGCCUACGAGCAGGCCGAAGCUGCCGCCGAUCAAGAGCUGGCCUCUGAUGAAGAAUGGGUGGAAGAGGGCAUUGUCCCGACUCCGCUGCCUGCGCCUCCACAAGAGGCUACCGCAUAUUCGGGCGACUCGAGUACUGCUGAGACUACCCAAUUUCACGGCGAGUCUGAGUUCGACUAUCAAGGUCGCACCUACAUGCAUGUGCCGCAAGACCUGGACAUCGACUUGCGAAAAGAGGCCGGUUCGACCCCAAGCUACGUGCCGAAAAAGCUCAUACACGUUUACAAAUAUCACACCAAACCGAUCACAUCUUUGCGUUUUAUUCCCCAUUCGUCACACCUGCUCCUUUCAUCCUCUGCCGACGCCAAACUUGCCCUUUGGGAUGCCCAUCAUGACCGGACGCUGCUGCGUACAUUUUCAGGCCACAGCAAAGCCAUCACAGAUACAGAUUUCCACCCUACUGGUCGGUCAUUUUUGUCGGCCUCCUAUGAUCGUCAGAUGAAGCUCUGGGAUACGGAGACAGGAAAGGUCAUAGCCCGCUUCAGUACAGGGAAAACGCCACAUACACUAAGGUUCCAUCCAGAGGGAAAUGAAUUCAUCGCUGGUAUGAGCGAUAAAAAGAUUGUACAGUUCGAUACACGGUCUGGCGAGCUAACGCAAGAAUACGACCACCACCUUGGACCAAUCAACACGCUAACCUUCGUUGAAGAAGGGCGAAGGUUCAUAUCUACUUCCGAUGAUAAGAGUUUGCGAGCUUGGGAGUACGGUAUCCCCGUGCCCAUCAAAUUCAUUGCCGAUCCGUCAAUGUAUGCACUGGUCCGUUCUGGUCCUCAUCCAUCGGGCAAAUACGUUGCCUUCCAGAGUGCAGACAACCAAAUCGUUGUAUAUGCAGCUGGAGACAAGUUCCGGCAGAACCGCAAGAAGGGCUUCCGCGGCCACAACACCAGUGGCUAUGCGAUUGACGUUGCGAUUAGCCCUGAUGGCGGAAUCCUCGCGAGCGGUGAUACAGGCGGAUUUGUGUGCUUCUGGGACUGGAAGACCGGGAAGAUGUGGCACAAAAUCCAGGCGGGCGGGGAGAGCAAAGGCGCAGUCACUUGUAUCGCCUGGCAUCAGCAGGAAAGUAGCAAGGUGGCUACUGGUGGGCUGGAUGGAGUCAUUCGAUAUUGGGACUGA